CCUCUGCAUUGCGCAGUCAAAUCGUCCGGAUCAUUCAGUCGAGAUUUACUUCUAACUUGAGUGCGGGAUUCUUAAGUGGAUUGUUUCGUUGCAGUUAUAAAACUUUGUUUAAAUAAUUAUAAGCUCGAUACAAGGUGAUAAAAUUAAAGAAAUAAAACCAUGUCUGAGCCAUUUCUCAUCAAGCACCGGUCAUCUGGGAGGUUUCUCCAUGUCAGUACCGGAAAGAGAGCCCCUAGUGAUGACACAGAGAUCCUUUUUCACGGCGACAUACACGAUAACAUGUACUGGCGCUUCUGCAAAGAAACAGAUUAUUGGGGCUACAUCGAGCACGUCAACAGUGGCAAGGUUAUCCACCCGCAUGGCGGCGGUAGAUCACCCGCUAACGGAACUAAGCUCGUCGUCCACGGCGGCCGCCACUAUGGCGCACUUUUUGCUCUCGAUGGUAAAAACGAUCACGUUAUUCACAAGGACGGCAAAUAUGCUCAUCCCGAAAAUGGACGUCCUGAUCCAGGUAACAGUACAAAGGUCGUUCUCCAUUCUGACGUACACGACGCCAUGCGUUUCCAGUUCGUGUCACCAAAAGACCCAAGUAAAAAUAUUCUUGUGUACGGAAGCCCAAACGUCAUCGGUAAGUGGGAGAUAAUUAAUGCCGUUAUCAAUCCGAGGGCCGAGCAUAAGAGUACAAUCUCUGUCAAGAUUGGCAAGUCCAAGACGAAUAGCACGACUUCGACGUUUGAAUACACAUGGGAGGCUUCAAUGGGCGUGGAGAUCAAGGCAAUUACAGCCUCAGUUAGCCAAUCGUUGAGGUCUAUGAUUGAGAAAACUUCGUCUGAAACGUGGACAGAGGAAACAACAAGAACAAAGGAAAUUACCGUUUCACCUGGGAAGACUGUCGUAACCUGGCAGUACAAGUUCUCCGUGGAGCAGAAUGAUUCACGUGCCCUGUUCCAGAGUAAUCUAUUGGCUGACACCGACAGUGAGACCACUAUACCACGUGACUUCAAAUACCUUGUCUAAUCAGCGUAGACUUGUUGAUAAUGCACCCUUUAAGCUUGGAUAGUUGAUAAGCAUAUUAAACACUUUUAUAUACACAUGUAACUGUAUAAAAACUCAUUUCCAUGAUUCGGGCGUAAACAACCGAAGGCGUCGACAUUUGUCAUGUGACCGUUUUAACGGUUGACGGUUGAUAUCUACAGACCGGUUUUACUAACGCCAAGUCACAUGUACACCUAGUUAACAUACGUUGAAGAAAUAUAUGAAUUGAAUGCAUUUUAUAUACCUUUACAGAAUGUAUACAGAAGUACCAAUGUGCCCGAGUGAAAAUAUUAAGCCUCAUACACACUUUUAUUCUCUACUUUUAUUAUUUGUGAAUAUGCUUUCCAUGCAUUCUUUAUGUAUAAGUAUUUAUAUAAAUAAAAUAUCUUUGAAAAUA